AUGAAGAAUGGUUUGAAAGAAGCUGCACAGAAGUUGGGGACGGACGCAGGCCUCUCCCAAAAUGAUCUGCCUCCGAUUAAUGGCAAGCAAGGAUACCUGUACGAAUGGUGGUCCAUAUUUGCGACUACAGAGCGCGCUUUGAGAACAGGACAAGGUCCGCCCGAGAUCCUUCGGUACCUACAGCCUGCAACACGUCCCACUGAUUCCCUCUCCACGCCGUCGUCCAACGAGAGCGAGAUGGCAGUGGACCAUCGCAGCACAAGUCCUAGGCUCACGAAUGCAAAAAUACAAGGCUUUGAGAGCGCUUCAAGAUACGGAAUGACUCUUUGUUCCAGCCCCACACACAUUACCGACAUCGUUGGUGUCGACCCCACACCGGUGUCGGCCACAACCAGGAACUCGACAUCAUAUACGCAAUCCUCCUCAGACAGUGCAUCGUCAUCUGUCCUGGCCAAACGCAAGUGUUCGCCUGUAGGCCGUGACCCUGCAACGUCACGCGUGCAAAGACAGCGUCUUAGCCCUCCUGCCCCUGAGGUUCUAAGUCAGCCAGUACUCGGGGGGGCACAAGAUACAUACUGGUUGUCGAACGAUAGCGUUCACUUGGGCGGGUACAUGUAUGCUGGCGGAGGUCAAGACGUCGACAUCGGGCAGAGAGUAGUAUAUCCGGAGGCACAGUAUAUUGGUCUAGAAGAACUGUAUAAUAUUGGAAUCGGCUCAGGUCACUCUUGCACGAGUCAAAAGGAAGCACUCAGUAGCAUUUUGGGGAAUAGUGAUUGCCGUACUGCUAUCGAGUCCACUCGAUACGCCAGAACUUGA